AUGGAGAAGGAGAGCGAAAUCACUGCUCAGCGGCGCAGAAGAGAGGAGAAGCUUUACUCAUCGGGUCCCGACGUAGCUGCUUGGCAAUUAGCAGUUAAGCGUAGGAAGAACGAACGGAAGAAGGCUAAACGUGCUGCGGAGAUACCGGAGCAAAGGGAGAAACGUCUGGCAAAGCGGCGUCCCCAGGAGAGUGAGCGACGUGCCCGACCAUCUCAGCAGCAGCAACAACAAGACGCUGUCGAUGACGCCAAGGCUCGACGAUUGCCUGACUAUACGGUGAAACGUAUCGAAACCGCCAGUACGACUCGGACCUUCGAGACGGACUUCGUAAACAGCCCGCUUGGAUAUGUGUGCGACGUGUGUGAAAUACUGUGGCACAUGAAAGACUUGAUGCUGGUAAGUAGUGCUAUGCGUGAAACGCUGAGUUUAGCGGCGCCGCCUGAGUGGGGUGAAACCGUGGCACGGGUUUGUAUAACGUGCAAGAACUUGAAGAUUCCUCUCGUUAGCGUUACCAAUGGGUAUCGUUUCCCGCCCACGCCACCAGGUCUACCGGUUCUAAACGGUGUGGAUGAACGUUUACUUUCGCCACGGAUUCCGUUCGUUCGGAUCCGUCGUUUAAUGAACAGGAGAAAUGAUGAUAAGUGCAUAGUGGUCAACAUAAAGAGGAGAAUGUUUGCCAAGGCUACCUAUCUGUCGAACAUGGUUUCUCGCGAUGUGCUUGGACCAUGGGUUGAGGUACCGAGAGACUCGCCACUGUAUAAAUACUACGGCAUAAACAUUGACCACGGACGUUUAGAGAGGCGGUAUAGGGAAGCCGUCGCGCCAGACGAAGACGUUAAGGUGGAGACUUGUCCGGCUCUCGCCGAUUUAGAUGAUCCGAUGAAUGUUUCCACAGCUUUGACAUUGGACCAGCAUUGUUUAGUGUACGAUGAAGAUGCGGUCUUAACCAUCGCACCGGGAAAGGGCAAGAGACCUGUCAGCAUCUUUUAUGAUACACAGGCUGAGGAGCUGUCUUUCCCCCAGAUAUACUUGGAUCAUACCACGUGGUGGAAAGUUUCAAGCGCAUAG